CUUUUAUCACACAUGUUUACUGUUAAUCUGCAAAGAGGCGGCUUGGUCAACCAAUAUUUGCAGAUAAUAAAAUAUCAAUGUCAUCCUGUUUGACCUCAAGAAGACACUCAAAGCUGGACAAUGGAGUUAUAUGCAAUAAUUUUCUCUCUUCUUUUAUGUUUUAUGACAUAUGAGUCCUCGAAUGCAGCAGGUUGUGCCGAGGUCCCACAAUUAAGUAAUGCAGACGUUUCUCCUGGUUUAUUGAAAAGCAACUACUCUUCUGGUGAUAAACUAGAGUACAACUGCAAGCAUGGUUAUUUCCCUCUGCGAAAAUUCGUCUACAUAUGUGAUGGUAAAAAAUGGAUUAAACUGAAUAAGACAGAAUGUACAAUCAAACGCUGUGAGCUGCCUACAGAUAUUCCAAAUGGCCAAUAUAGUAUUGUGAAUGGAAAUAGCUUUGUUUUUGGAACAACCAUCAAGUAUACCUGCAAUAAGGGCUUCCAGAUGCAGAGUCGGUUUGUCGACAGAACAUGUCGCCUUGACGGUUGGGAUAACCGUUUACCUGCUUGUGAAGAGGUAACAUGUGUUCCAGACAACAUAGAGAACAACAUCAAAGUGGAGGGACUCCCUGAUUAUGGGGAUUUAAUCAGAUUUGGGCACAGGUUGAAAUUUUCAUGUGAUGAUGAAAAACUUCUAAUUUUGAGGGGAGCAAAAGAAAUUAUGUGCCAGUCAAAUGGAAAAUGGAGCAGUCCCUUUCCUAAUUGUGAAGAGGUAACGUGUCCUAAAAAUGCAACAGAGGACAACAUCAUAGUGCAGCGAAUCCCUGAUCAAGAGGGUUCUAUUAAAUAUGGACACAUGUUAAAAUUUUCAUGUCUUGAUGAAGGGCUGAUUUUAAAAGGAAAGAGAACCAUCACCUGUCAGGCAAAUGGAGAAUGGAGUGACCCAUAUCCUAAAUGUGAAGUGAGAAUUCCAUGUGGGAAACCACCAAGCAUGGUCCAUGAGAAUGCAGAUACAAAAGAAAUGACAAGGAAUAAGUACAAUUCAGGAGAGAAGGUUGAAUACGUGUGCUUUAAUAAAUACGUAAUGGAGGGGGACAGUUUCUUGACCUGUGUGCAAGGCAAAUGGAGAGGACAUUUUACAUGUUUAAAGCCCUGUACAGUGACAGUAGAUGAUAUGGACAAAAGGAAUAUACAAUUGAAGAAGGGUGGAAGGAAUAAAAUAUUUGCACCACACGGGGAUUAUAUCUCGUUUGUGUGUCAGUGGUUUCAUUAUCAAAAAGGUAACACUUCCUUUAGACAAAUGUGUCGAAAUGGUGAGAUGCCUCUUCCUGAGUGUGCAUGACAAUGUGAAUACAUUGCUGAAGCAUCUGUUGCACCUUGACCAAGCAUCAACAACUGGAGCAAUUUUCCCCAAUUUACUUUUUUUUUUUUUACAUAUGACACAUUUGUCAUAUGUAAAUGACACAUUUUACCACAAAUGAAUACAUGUUAGUGACAGAAUGAAGUAUUAAACUCUUAAUUGUAUGGGGAUAGAAAUCCAACGAUUUAGCACUUAUUUUUGUCAAAGAUGUUUGACAUGUAGUUUUGGGGAAAUGAUGAAAUGGUGCAUUGCAAUAGUUGAAGAGGAUGUAAAUUAUUUAAAAUGUUACUUUUAAGUCCACAGAAGUGUGUAACAUUAUAAAUCAAAUUUAAUCAUUUUAAACAAGCCUUUUAAAAUUGUAAUAUGGUUAAAGUAAACUAUAAAUACCACACACACACUUGUACUGGCACUUGCACUUAUAUAUGUUUUACAUAUAUUGUUAAAUAAGGUUUCUGUGUGAGUUUAACCUAAAAAGGAUUCAAACUCUGAGAUGGCCUUCUCAUUUCAAAAGUCCACCACACACCACUGCUUUGCAGCUUAAAUGUAUGAGAGAUUUGAAAUCCAACAUUAGUUAAAAUAGUUCAAAUGUGAUUCUUCUCUGAAGUGGGUUACUAUUUUAUGUACAUGUCAUUUGAGCAAAAAAAUAAAUAAAUACAAUUAUAAUGAGCAUUAAUUAUUUAUUAGAUUUUAUAAAUGUUACUGAAUGAUUUCUGAAAUAAUCUCAUAUUUGCAGUACAAUAGUAUGUCCAGUAUGUUGUUCCAAGUCAUUUUGCAAUGAAGCCUACUGUAAUAAUAAAAGUCAGCCAUUUCAUUGGAA